CCUCUACUCCCCCCACCUGCUACUUCCGAUCACUCAUCCCCCCACCUUUCAUUCAGUCUCGCUUUUAAAUUCCUUCUCUUUUAGUGUUAAAAAAUAGUUAACUUCUAAUAUUAUAAGAAGUAUUUUUUAGAUGUAUCGAUCACGGUUAACUAAAGACGAGUUGAAACUCGAGGCAGAAAGACAUCUCAAGUAUAGGGGUAUCGCAUGCGUCAGGUUGGAGAAUCUCCAUUUUCCAUCGGAAGACUCAAGGGAGCUCAAUCAGGAGAAUGUUGAAAGGCUGAAGGAGUUGUUUCAAAAAGAUAUAACUCGUCGGCUAGAUCCUAAAAAUCGGAUCGCCGCUGAGAUUAAUGAAAUCGACCUUAACGAGGCGAUCCGAACCUCCAACACCUCUGCUGAAUUAUUGAUGAAUAUCCAUGAUGAGAAUCCCCCAUUUCUAAUAUUUCCUUCAAAUUAUCAAUUGACCUGUCUUCAUGGACGUCAUCGCAUUCUGGCUGCCCGAGAGAUUCUGCCGCCGGCGAAUGCCUGGUGGACGGUUGAUCUAUAUCUUACAGGUAUUAAACCUUUCUGCUCAAAAGGUAAAACGAUAUAUGCUAAAAUUUCUGUAGACACUAACCCAGAGGCUCGAAGGACCCUAAUUGAAGAAUAUUCGAACGAGAAAAAACCAUCGGAUGGAGAGAUAUAUCGUAAAGUCCGGCAAUAUGAGCGAGAGGGUAAUAUCCUCUUCAAGAAGCGGUGGAUAGCUCGUCUAUCUGAUCAUGGCCGCUGAAGUCUUCGACAACUCUUCGAUUAUGAAGAUGGAGAGCUCACAGCGGCUUUUGACAAGCUUCUAGAUAUUCCCGGGCUCUGGAGCGGUAUGAGAAUUAGUACACUUCACAAGCUGCUAGAUAUGAAAUGUUAUGAAGUGAGUUUGCUGCUGUUACAGAAUUGACCCGCUCUCCUUAUGCGAUGAUGAAACAUUCUCACAUAUUCAAUAGGAAGCUCUACACUAUCUCGAACACAUUAGACAAUUUUGGCAUAGCCUUUUCCGUGGGGAUAAGAACGCUCUCCGGAGGGUGAAUAACGUCGAUGUAAAAUCCUUAGAGCUCAAAGCUCCAAAGUACUCCAAACAGGACGCUCAAAUCUUACAAGUUCAACUACUUAGUGGACAGAUCUUCAGUGCGUUCAGUCAAAAAGAGCGUGAAGCUAUCUGGAGUGAGCUACAAUCUAUUGAAUAUCUCACCCCUUCACUCUUUACUUUCUUCGAAGAUUUAAAGUAUCUCAAUGCUUGUGCCGGAAGUCUAAAGCGGCUGGUAAAACUAUCGUGCAGAGACACGGUAUUUUCCGCUUUCCAGCAAAACUUUCAUUUUACGAACGAGUCAAAUGAUCAAUACGCUAUUGAGAUCGCAGAAUCUACCUUUAUUGAUAAAUCAAUACCAGCUAGACAUUGUUUUGAUACAGGAUAUCGGCAGUUGUGGGCUUUUGUGAUGAGAAACUACAAGGAGAUAGCGCCUAAUACCAAGAAGAAGAAGAAAGAUCUCCUUGCAAAGUCUGGAGUAGAGAAAGCGGACGAAAUGAUUUUAUUUGAAUUUGCUGCUCUCGCCGACCGUUUAGGUUUUGCAUCACCCGAAAUUCAAACCUUAAGGCAAAGUUCAUCGGAUAGAGAGAUCGCUUUGCAUGCCUUACUAAAGGCGCGAAAGCCCGAUCGGUAUCAAUAUGACGACAUUACCUUAGCAUCCAACGUGACACAAAUUAUGAGAUUAUUUUCGACAGCUUCCGUAAUUUCUCACGAUAAUAUUUCCCCAGCUCUUAUUUCCGAUAAUAUUAAUUCAUCGGGAAAUCGUUGCGGAUUUCCGGACCAGGAUGCCCAUCGACAAGAUAGGAAAGCGCUCUCCCUACCUUACUUAAACAAUGAGAACUUUGAAACCAACAGAGUGACACCGAACCUACGCCGAACACCGGCUAGGUUAGGUAAUAAUUCAGCUCAGUCUUCAGCAAAGCUCGCAACAACAUCCAACGAUCGAACAAAACAAGGUAAUCUUUUGAGGGUUUGGCUCGGUAGCCCAUGGUGCGACUAUCAGUCUGUAACGCCCAUAACAGCAAAGGGAUGUUUGUUGGCUUGUCGCAAGGGAGACUACUUUGAAAAGGUGACAAUUGGAGUUUAUGAGGGGGAUGAUACUCUUCAAUUCCUCCAAGCACUAUCUGUAAUUCAACAUGCGAACAUUUCUAAAAUUAGGUCCUGAAACGUUCGGAGUACCUUCUUUGCCAAGGUGUCUCAUGUAAAGCCUUGUCGAUAUUGAAUAUUCGUCUCUCAAUAAAUGGGGAUGUUAAGAUUGGUGGGCUACAGAGUCUAUACGUGAAAUAUCUCUAAAACUUCUUUCAGCUUUGAAUUUCAAAC